AUGGCUAAUCGGCGUCCUCGCAAGCCAAUACCAGAAGAAGGUCCUUACAAGGCGUUUGUCGGAAAUCUUCCGUCAGAUUCUGUGCAGGGUGACAUCGAUGAUAUAUUUAAAGAACUCAAAAUUAUGGAUACUCAUAUGGUGCGCGAUCGAGAUUCAGAUCGCUUUAAGGGAUAUGCAUACGUCGAAUUCAAUAGCAAAAAUGACCUAGCAGAAGCUUUAAAAUUGGACGGGCUUGACUACUGUGGCCGCCCUCUGCGUAUAGACGUAGCGGACUCUCAACGUGGGAGAGGUGGCGGAAGAGGUGGACGAGGUGGAGGACAGCCAGGGCAAAGGUUUAGAGAUGAUAGCGGUAAUCGAGGUGACUUCUCGAGCCAUAAAGGAGGAUUUGAUCGUCAACAAAGAAAUCAGUUUAAUAGUCGUAGUGGGCAUCGGAGAGGGCCCCUGCCAGAACAGGAAGUAAUAGCUCACGCCCCUCCAAGUUCUGGUCGUCCUAGAUUGCAGCUGAAGCCACGCACUACUGAUCCAGUAGAGUUACAGAAAAUUCGUGAACGAGAAGAAGAAGAAACUAAGAGGCGUCAAGCACAUAUAUUUGGCGUCAAAGAUUAG